UCAUGUCCUUCUAUAGAUUUUCAAAUAUUUCAAUGGCUAGAGGAGCUCUUUUUAAAACAGUAUCUAAAGAGUAUAAAUAUGAAUAUCAUCAAUACGAACAAGAACCUACAUUAAUGAAAUAAAUUAAACAUCUAGGAUUUUAAUUGAUAGAUGAUCCUAAAACUAAUAAAGUUACUCUUAAAAAAGAAUUUCCAUCUGCAAAGAUAUCAAUUGAAUUCAGAGGUACACCUCCUCCUCUGGAAGGCAAAAUGUAAUAAUAUUAAAAAUCCUUUUAUAAUUAGAAAAGUACCAAAGGAAGAUUAAUCAAUCUCUUAAAAUCCAAAAUACCAAGAUUAAAUACAAUCAAAAAUUCAAGAGAGAAAAGAAGUAUAUGAAUUAGGAACACUUUCUGUUGAUUAUAUAGUCCUAGUUGAAUCUGAAAAAGGAGAAGCUAUAGCAUUUGAAUGCAAUACAAGUAUAACUUGAAAGGAAUGAACUACAGGUAACCAGACUACUUUCAUAAAUUACGUACAACCAGUCUAUGAUAUCCAAGAGUACAAAACAAGAUCAAAAUAUCAGAAAUUUUUAACCGAUUAUCCAGGACCAGAAAUUAAUAAAUUAGAUGAAGUUAAAAUAAUCUUAAAUUUUAUAGCAAUUAAAACAAUCAUUUUAUACUUACCUAGAAAGUUUUGGUAUUAAUUAAUCAUUGAAUGCAUUGAUUGAAGCCUAUUCUAUAGACAAAGAGUAAAGAUCAUAUAUGGAAUUCUUGAAAUCAAUGGAAAAAUUUUUAUCAGUUUGAUU